GAAUGAAGAACAAUCCUGGUGCUGUAUGCUGAACUCUUUCCAGUUACUAAAAAGAGCAAAUUUUAUCACCAGAGGGUUAUUUUACUUCCUUUGGAAAGGGGGAUGCUGCUAUAGCCUAUGAUGGGGAGACGAUCAGCAGUGGUGGCAGCAGAAUCAGCAUGGUCCCUGCAAGGGGGCCAGAGCUUGAGAAGAACAGACGAAUAAUGUAGGGGAAGUAGGAGAGGGAAUGUGAGGAAAGAGCACUAGGGAAAAGGGAAGAAUCUGGAAAAGAGGCAUCUGAUAUUGAGGGAUGCUGUAGCAGACCCUGGAGGGAACUUGUUUGGAUUUAGAGAUCCAGUCCUACUCUGGGCACUGGAGUCUAAGUGCUCUGAUGUGUCCCUAUUCCCUUCCUACCCAGCCUUGCCCAGGCUAGGAGUACAGGUUUUGGCUGUGCUGUCCUCGUCAGCAGGGCCACAGGUUUGGUGCUGGCAUAUCUGGGCAGAAAGUCCCCAAAGCCAACCCCCUCAAGAGCUAACAACUGUUUUGUUAUUGCCCUUUAAUUCCAGGACAGAUUCACGGCAGCCUGGUCACUGUUUACAUCCCUGUGGGCCUCCCCAGAAGCUGAUCUCUGGCUCAGUGCAUCAUCCCUGUUUUCGUAGAAGAGCAUUGUCGCACUUGUGACCCCAUUCGCUCAAUGAAGCAUUAUAGAAAACAGCCCAUUCAGAAGGCAAAGCUGCAAACAAAACCAUAUUUAUUAGAACAAGCAGUUUGGUUAGACCAGAUGGCCCCCAGCAUGGAGACCUGGCUGCGCUGCUUCUGCUGUCUGUCUUGCUUUUGGGCUAGUGGGCCCACGAGGUUUAGUCCUGCCUCAUAACCACCAGUAUGGGAUUCACCUUCUGCCUGCCUGUCAGCCCAGGCACAUCUCCUGCUCACAGUGAGGGAAUCCAGCAUUUCUUUUCAAAUACGCAUGGAAGCAAUGGCAUCUUUUCCCUCAAGAGCAUCCGGGGUGGUGUAAAACUGGCAUUAGGAGCUGUGUUAUUUGCAGGCAAAGCUUCAUCACGCUGUUUUCAGGAACUGUGAUGCUGCUGGUGGCCAGCCUGGUGUCCGUUCUGCUGCUGGUGUGGAGCGUGAGAGCCACUGCACUGCCUGGAGAAGAGAGACUCGCAAUACAGAACACUAGGGAACAGAGCACAGUUCGGAAAGACGCCAUCCUGAAGAUGCUGGCGGGCCUGCUGGACAGCGUGGACGUGGGGCACGAGGCGGCCUCCCCGGACCUGGAAGAGGAGGGCAAGCUGGAGGAGGAGCGGGCGGUGCUGGGGCGGCUCGCCCAGCUAUCGCAGCGGGAUCGCAAGGCCCCCUGCAAAAACUUCUUCUGGAAAACCUUCACCUCCUGUUAGUGCUGCCCGGCCUGGCCCCGCCGGGAUGCCCGCCCACAAUCACCCUCCCCUCCCUCCGUUGCCCUGUCCCCCGAGCUCCCUUCCUUCUCUUCUCCACCCCUGAGAAUAAAGCAUGGCGCCCCGGGGA